AAGCCUAACUGGCUGAGUCUCAGGUUUCGGUACACUUCCCGCUUUCUCGCCACUACGGUUGAGCCUACCGCGGUUGUCUAUAAAAGGUAAGCGAUGUUAAGGUCGCUCACGAAAAGCGAGAACUUUCGGGAUUUGUGUAUGUCUCGUCCACUGCUUCUGUGAAUACUAGGCUCCGAGGUUAGCGCAGCAAGAGAGUAAGGAUUUCCUCUUCGCAGUGGCCUUGGACGUUCUGUCAAAUUUUCGGUUUUCUGCAUCAGCAACUGAUUACUUCAAUCCUUCAACAUGAGUACAAGAGCGUCAAAGUCUGGAGCCGCUUGGGGCAUUGAAAAGAAAAUGGAGGAAAACUAUGACAGAGAAGAGGCGCAAGGAACCCCGAGACAAAUUAUCACCUGGAUCAUUGAGGUUAUGGCGAGCGAUGAUGGAAAGUUUGAAAAACCUACAGAGGAACUAUUAGACUGGAAAAGCUUGUGUACCUAUUUAAGAGAUGGUGUUGUACUAUGCAAAUUCCUCAACAUUUUAUUGUUAAAAGACAACAAGAGCAAAGUAACGUUCAGUAAGAAAGUCUCCAACAGUUUCGCCGCCAUGACAAACAUCGAAAACUUCAACAAAGGAUGCGAAGCAUACGGUCUGGCCAGGGAGUUCUCCUUCCAGAGUGGAGACUUAUGGGAAGUCCGUAAAGGCCCAUUCUACAACGUCAUAAACUGCUUACACAGCUUAGGAUUCGUGGCCAAUUCCAAAGCCUUUAUUCCAGCAUACGCAGGGGAAGUCACCAAGUAUAUGGACAGGGAUUAAAUGGAAGGAUCGGCAUCAUGACGUCACCAAUUACUGCCAUACCUUUAGAAAAUCUUUAAUUUCACUCAUACAAGUUUAAAAAACAAAACAAAUCAAAACGUACCAGUUCUGACUUUUGAUAUAAACAAGACCAUUUUGUGAAAACUACAUCGGGUAACUAUGAGAAACGAUCAGAGAUGGCACAUCUAGGUUAACGUCAUGGAACAAUGUCCAUCUAAUGCUAUGUUUACUUCUGUUUAUUUGUUUAUUUUCUGUUUACUUGGCUUUUUGUCUGUGUCGAUGUAGGGCAGAAGGAUAUAAACGUUUGUUGUUGUAAAUUAUUGUCGGGGAAACAAGUCUCUUCGAUUGGAAACAAAGCACUGUUAAAACGUUAUAGUAAUUGGUCUUAAUCCAGGAACAUUUGCGCGAGGGUCAGCUUGGAAUUGUGAAAGAAUGCCAGAGAAUAGGAUCGUGUGUUCUAUACAAACUGGUCUUGAUAGAUGGAACAUUUUCCUGGAAGGGAAACUCGUUUCUACAGGAUCUCAGUCGGUUUGACUUUUGGGAUUAUUCAUAUUUAUUCGGACAACUAUCGACAUUAACAGAUUAGAAUCCCGAUGCAGAGUAAAAGAUCUUUUGAUCUGGAACAUAAGUGAAAUUAAUGUUAAGGAUAUUUCGUAACUCGUAAUUCCAAUGACUUCUUCACCAGAAUAUCGUUCUAGAGGAUAUUAGCUCGGUACAAUUAUCAAAUACAUCAUAAUAGAAUAUACAAAAGAAAUCGUCUAUAUCAUUAUUUAUACAAUGAAAUUUGCUUAUGAAAAUAAAUAUAUCAUUACUG